UUGGCUCUGUCCCCUGCACCUCUUCAAAGACAAAGGAGGCCCUCCAUCAGUACUCAGUCUCUCCACGAGUCCAGCACAAGAAGCUCCACGAUGCCGGACACAAUGUGUCAUGUCCAAGGAGCCCAGUUCCAACCUGGAGAGUGCCAUGCAGAUGCUCAUAAAGACCUUCCACAAGUAUUCGGGGAAGGAAGGCGACAAGUACACUCUGAGCCGGGGCGAACUGAAGGAGCUGCUACUAGAGGAGCUGGGGAGUUAUUUAGGGAGCUCCAAAGAUAAUGAAGCAGUUGAGAAGGUGAUGAACGACUUGGACGCCAACAACGACGGGGAGGUGGACUUCACCGAGUUCAUCAUUCUGAUGGGCGCCCUCACAGUCGCCUGCAACGACUUCUUCCUGGAGUACAAAACAGACGAAAAACCCAAAGACGGCGAGUCAGCGCAGAAGAAAGAUUGAAACACUGCAAAAGAAGGAGGGGGGGUGGGGGGGGCGAGAAAAGUGAGAUGGAGAGGGCGUAGAAGAACUGUAAAUCAGCAGAGGAGAUAGAGGACAGAAGUGCAAUGGCUUCUCCUUUUUUUUGUCUUAUGCAAUAUGUAAACACUACAGCUACACACGAGGGAAGAGGUCCAGCGCUUUAGUUUAUGGUUUCACAGAACACGGAGCAUUCGGGAGGAGUAGUGUUUUUCCUUCUGCAACUGUUUCUCAUACCACAGCUUAUCUGGAGCUAGUUGCACUGUUCUCAGAGCAGUGGCUAGUUUUAUAUACACGACAGGGUUAAUUUCAGCUUCUUCUAACUCAGAUUCAGCAGUCACUUAGGUUUAAUAAGGCACGGGAAAGACAGGAAGUUUGGGGAUGUUUGAGAAUGUCUUGCACGUGAAUAACUUGAGAACAUAUAUUUAGUCACAGAAUAAGUUACAGAUUAUACCAGAUUGUACUCGGUCUUGAAAAUAUUUAUGAUUUGUCCCCUCUCUUUUGCUUUUGUAAUCUUUUCAAAAUAUUAAACAUGGCAUUUA